CCUCUCUCCCCACUUGAUCUGAAAUGGUGUCUGACAAGGGUAAGAAGCCCAAAAUCGGAGAUAAAAUCGAAGAGGGUGCUGACCAAAUUGACGUUGAACUUCUUAAAUCCAUCGAAAAGUUGCAGGAAGUUCAAGAUGAGCUCGAAAAGAACUUCAGUCCGAACCCUUACUCUGAAGAUACAAAGCUCACAAAAAUUAUCGCAUUUCUUGAUGAGGGAUCUACAAAAGUUACUGCUACGUCAAUCAAGUGUAAAGAGGGCAUGGUGUCAGGCAGCUUAUGUAAAAGGUCAAGAGGGCAUGGUGUCGGGCAGCUACAUGAUGACGUUGUUCGCAAUAUACUCGUUCACCUUCCAGCAAAGUCCUUACUCCGGUUUAGGUGUGUAUCCACCCAUUGGAAUCGCAUGCUUAAAGAACCAAGUUUUAUGAAAUUCAGAUCGCGUAAAAUUUUCAUUCUUCCCGUGUAUGAUGCUUUGCAUCUCAUAGACGACAAGAUGCCAACGGAUGACACGACGAAUUUCAUAGUCGAGCGUCGUUAUCCCGUAAAAGGAAAUCUAGUAGAACAUGUUGGAGUUGUUGGGACGUUCAAUGGGAUAGUCCUUUUUAGGUAUUUAGGUGCUUUAGUUCUUUACAAUCCGUUCACAGGUGCGUACAAGAAACUUCCCUCUGCACCUACUAGUUCAUGUGCUCGAGCUGCCUAUGGAUUCGGUUAUGGUGCAAACUCGGAUGACCUAAAGAUUGUUAGGUUUAAUAAGCAUUUUAAAGUUUGUGAUGUCUACAAUUUGAAAGAGGGAUCGUGGAGUUCAUGGAGCACUUCAAAGUACUACGCUAGCAUCCCUAUUGAAAAUUUGGACGGUACAUUUGCAAAUGGAUUUUUGUAUUGGAUUGGAUCACGUAGUAGGAAUAUGUUCAUUGUUCUCGAUGUUAAAGACAUGGUGCUUUCAGAAAUGUAUCCACCAUUUGUGAUUGCCUAUCAUUUAGGUACGGUAAACGGAUCCCUUUGUACACUACAUAAACAGUACGAAAACAGAAUCGACAUGUGGGUUAUGAAGGAACAGAACCAAUGGUCCAAAAUAUAUUCAUUUAGUUUACCUUUGAGUGGUGCUCUGAUGAAUUCCUACCCUAUUUAUAUUUUGGAUAGUGGAAGAAUUCUUAUGGGGAGCUAUUUCUCAUCGAAUCUCAUUGUCUACGACCCGUUGCUAGAUUCAUUCAAAGUUUCACGCAUGUUCAAUCGUCAUACAAUGCGCGUCUUGGAGUAUGUGGAGAGUCUAGUUGCACCUUCAGAUAUAAGUUCCUCAAGAAUGGAAUGAGGAAAAAGAAGCAAUGAAGAUCAAAAGAACAAAGCUAAUCAACACUAAUCUUUAAUGAAUUUCAGCAGGCCAAGAUGGAUGUUAUCUUAGCAUAAAAUUUGUCAAAAGACAAUAAUUGUUUUUUUAUUUGA